AUCAAUUAAAAUCAUAUUUAAUAAUUAUUAAUAUAUGCUUUAUCAAAAGUUUUAAGGAUAAUAUACAUUAUUUUAAGUUUUAUGAAACUCUAAAAAAUAAUCAAAUAACCAAAAGAAAUUAUAAUAAAAAUAAUACAGUAAGCUCUGCCGCAAAGAGGUUUGCUGCGGUGGGAGGCUUCAUCACCGUUGAAUUCCCAUCGCCUCCCCGAUCAGAUCUCGUAUCCAACGGCCAGCAGGAAAAGGAUGCGUUUAGUACGCUUUCGCCACCCCAUUUCCUUCUUCCCCGUUCGGAAUGGAAGCGGUGAAGCAGUUGGAUCCGCCAAACAAACUCGUUGAUUCUUGAUCCGUCAAGAAAAGGUUGCGAGAAAUCAGGUGAUUUUGCCUCCUUCCCUCUCUGUGAUCGAAUUCUGGAAGAAUCAAGACUGUGCUCGCCUCGAUUAGAGAAUCAGAAAGGAAGUCUUGCUCGUGUUGUCGUUGAUGUGCUCAUUGGUUGUAGAGUUUUGAUGAUUUGAGUAAUUUGGUUCUGUCGAUGCGUGGCUUUGCGUAUCAUUUGAAGUUUUCCUUUUCUCAUUUGUUUUGUAGAAUGAUUAGGCUAAAAAAAAUCACUUUUUUUUUCUUCUCAUUAUAAGCCCUGUUUUGUUCCGUUUGAGUGAAUGCGAUCGAUUGAUGAUUAUUCCACAGAUUAUGCAUGCUGUUGCCUGUCACCGGCUUGUGCUAUGGUUCACCCUUUUUUUCUACUUGCAACAUGAAUUGCUUGCGGUGCUAAUAUAUGGAAAACCAUCUGAAGAUAUUGAUGCUUUUCUAGUUGUUCCUUGUGCCAGCUUGUCUAUUUAGGAGUCAUUGCACUGAUUCUGAUUGGUACUGGUUCAUAAACUUUGGUUAGAAGGUGCGAUGGAUGUCCCAGAAUCAGAUUGUGGAUUUGUAAACGAGAGUGAGCCGUUGUUUCAUUGCAAUCAAUGUGACAAGGAGUUGGUGCGGAAGAUAGCACAAUUACUGCUUCCUGGAUUGGCCGCAGCUUGUGUUGACAAUACCACUGGUCUGUUCAAGAGUGCAGCUUCUGUUGCUGUUGUUACGAGGAAGGAGAUGGUGGACUAUCUCAAGCAAAGAAGUCAAAUGUAUGUCACGGAAGCUGUAGGCCAAGGAGAUGAUAUUGCGAAUAUGGUGGAAGAAUUUUCUGAUGAACCAACUGAAAUCAUAUCCGGUUUUGUUGAUGAUUUUGCAAGUUCAAAACGGAACUUGUUCAGUCGUGUUUCGGGUUGGUUGUCCAGCGAAAGCCGAGAAGACAAGUUUGAUGAUUUUGUGCAGGAAAUGGAGACAAAUGUGUUCUGGUCAAUUGAUCGGAGGGAAGCCAUUGCAGAAAUCCUGAUCAGGAAUGUGGACUUGAAGAGAGCAUUCCACUGUUCAAAAAAGUUUGACUCUGCUCAACAGCUUGCUGAGCAUGAAACCCAAUGUAGCUUCAGGAUAUUAGGUUGCACAAACGAGGGAUGCAAGGUUAAAUUUUCUGCUAUUCAUGCAGAAAAGCAUGACUCAGAAUGCCCUUUUAAGGUCAUUCCAUGCGAGCAAAAGUGCUCAGAGAGAAUAGUGAGGCAUGACAUGGACAGACAUUGCAUAACCAUAUGCCCCAUGAAGCUUGUCAACUGCCCUUUCUACCAAGUUGGUUGUCAUUCUGCUUUCCCACUGUGUAAUCUUGAGAAGCACUGUUCAGAAUGUCUACGGUCACACCUACUGUACGUUCUUCAAGUGCUUCACAAGCAGGAGGCUUCGGUGGAAGAGCUAAGACAGCGUGUGCAACUCUUGGAAAAGUCCCAUACUCUGAGCGAAUUGUCUGAAGCCUUGGAUGUGAGAUCGCUUACGCUGGUGAUUAAGGAACAAGAAGCAAAAAUGAAGAAACUGGAACGCGAUCUCAGUAACAUUAGAGAUAAUCAAAAGCUUGCAAAGAAUGUAAAAUGAGAUGAGAUUCUGUUGGCAAAGGACAUGUUUGUGGUUGUUUUGACUUUCUGAAGUCUCGGCUAUCAGUUGCUCAUAUGGAAUAUGAAAGUAGUUUCUCCUUUAUAAAUCAAAUGGAUUUGCAUAGGAAUCAUCAUGGA